AGGGUUAGUCGCCGCUGAGACCACAUCCGGGAGAGGCGAGGAGAGCGGAAGUGGCGUUGGUCUGUCCGGAGCCCUUGGGUGAAAUUGUUAGGCGUGGAGGGGGAGUGAUGUCUUCCCGACUCGGUGCAGUCACCGCCACCCCGGGACCCACAUCCCUUAAGCAGCAGAGGAGCACCAGGAUCGUGGGAGCUAAGAAUAAUAGGGCCCAGUGCCCCAUAAAGGAUAACAGUUUCCAGUACACUAUACCUCAUGAGGAUUCCCUGAGUGGCUCGUCAUCCGCCUCCUCUUGUGAACCAGUCAGUGACUUCGCAGCAACCCUCCGAAAAUCUACCUACUGGAUGAAGAUGAGAAGAAUCAAGCCUGCUGCCACUUCACAGGUUGAAGGCACAGGUGAAAAGGAAAAGGAGAAGGCCAAAGGAAAGAGGAACGUCAAGCAAGAAGAAGAUGAAGACUAUCACGAGCUUCCUCAAAAGAAGCACAAGCUGUACGGGAGGAAGCAGCGGCCUAAAGCUCAGCCUCACCCCAAACCCCAGGCUCGUCGGGUCCGGAAGGAGCCGCCAGUCUAUGCAGCAGGCAGUAUGGAGGAAAAGUGGUACUUAGAGAUCAUGGAUAAAGGCAGUGUGUCCUGUCCUACCUGCCAGGCAGUGGGGAGGAAGACUAUAGAGGGUUUAAAGAAACACAUGGAAAACUGCAAACAGGAAAUGUUUACCUGCCAUCAUUGUGGGAAACAACUUCAUUCACUGGCCGGAAUGAAGUAUCACGUCAUGGCCAAUCAUAAUAGUCUGCCAAUUUUGAAGGCAGGAGAUGAAGUAGAUGAGCCAAGUGAGAGGGAGAGGCUGCGAACAGUUCUAAAGAGAAUGGGAAAGCUCCGGUGCAUGCGUGAGAGUUGCUCCAGUACCUUCACCAGCAUUAUGGGAUAUCUGUACCAUGUUAGAAAGUGUGGCAAAGAGGCUUCAGAGCUCGAGAAGUUGGCCCUGAAAUGUCACCACUGUGGGAAACCGUACAGGUCAAAGGCUGGGCUUGCAUACCACAUGAGGUCAGAGCAUGGGCCUGUCUUCUUCCCAGAGUCAGAACAGCCAGACUGUUUAAAGGAGAUGAGUUUGGAGGCAAAGGGUGGAGGCCGAGUUCAACGGCGUUCUGCCAAGAUAGCUGUGUACCAUCUGCAGGAGCUGGCCUCCGCUGAACUAACCAAGGAAUGGCCGAAGAGGAAGGUUCUCCAGGACCUGGUACCCGAUGACCGGAAGUUAAAAUAUACUCGCCCUGGGUUACCUACCUUUAGCCAGGAAGUCCUGCACAAGUGGAAGACGGAUAUCAAGAAGUACCAUCGUAUCCAGUGUCCUAACCAGGGUUGUGAGGCUGUCUACAGUAGUGUAUCUGGCCUUAAAGCUCACCUGGGCUCUUGUACAUUGGGCACCUUCGUGGCUGGGAAGUACAAGUGUCUCCUGUGUCAGAAGGAAUUUGUGUCAGAGAGCGGUGUCAAGUAUCACAUCAACUCUGUCCAUGCCGAGGAUUGGUUUGUUGUGAACCCAACAACCACGAAAAGCUUUGAGAAGCUGAUGAAGAUAAAGCAGCGGCAGCAGGAGGAGGAGAAGCAACGGCAGCAACACGGAAGGCGGCGGUCUCUGAGACGGCAGCAGCAGCCAUGCAUGGAGCCUCCCGAGAGCCAGCUGGAGCCAAAGGCAGGGAAGGAGCAGGGCGGGAAUGAGGAGCUGAUGGGAUCCGACCCAGAGCCAGUGCCAGCACAGCCCCAGAAAGCCGAACCCGCCAAGACCACUCACAAACGAGGGAGGAAGUAGGCAGCCGUUGAUUGUGCUCUGCGGAUGUGAUGCAGUUGUCAUGGGAUAUGUGCAGGGGAGGCCUGGGUCUGGGGCUGGGUGAAGAUGCUUUCAGCUGUUGCUGUUGGGCUGUGACUCUGAGCUCCUCUGUGUAAAUUUUACAGUCUUCCUGACUCGUUCACUUUCUCCCCUCCCUGCCUCAGUAGGUUCAUAUUCCCUUGGAGUCCUCUUGCUUUUCUGUUGCCCAGAGAGCUCCCCUGGAAGAGCAGCUGCAGGUCCCCACGUCCUGUGCAAGGUUAAGAAUGAGUGCAAGGUUUUCUUCCUUCUUUCCUGUCUGGGUUGUGAAUGUUCUUGGAAUCCCCAUUGAUUUAACGGCUACUCCAUCAUUUAGCUUAUAAAACAGUUCCAAACUAAUUUUUUUAAAAAGCGUUAACAGAUUUUAUCCCUCUGUGUUUGUGACAUAAGAGGACUAGAAUGGAAAACUGCCACUUUUGUUACAGUGUGACUCUGAAUCCCGGGAAGUGGAGCCUGACAGAGGCUGCUUGUCUUUAAUUAUGUUUUACUGUUAAGAGGAAGAAAAUGAUUUAGCACGGAAAAGCUAGGAGCUUGGUAGCUUUUACUCUUGGAGUAGGGACUAACUGGACCCACAGACAUGAGAACAGCCUGAGGAGUCUGUGUCCCAAACACUUAAGAUGUCAGGAGAGGGGCCCCACCCUCCUAGACUGCCAGCAUCCCUCACUGUGUUGACUUGGUGCCCUGGCCCCUGGCAAUGCCACUGAGGCUGCAAAGCAAGGUGUGCUGUCCCUCUCCCCUGGCUUACCUCACUUGUUAGGCCACGCCCACUUAUGUCGUCCAUGGCAUUAGCUCACCUCUGUCUGAAUGUUCUGAGAGUGCUGUCCUACUGUGCUGUAUAUGAGUUCUAUCAGCUUUAUAUUGUGAGAUUCUGACACCAGAUGUAGAUAUUUUUCUGGAGCCGGAAAGAAUGGUCUCUGUACCUCAUGCCUGUCUGGUUGUGUUCAGUGGGCUCUUCCCCUGUGAGGGUGGAUAUCUUGAAACGUGGGUUAGAGUAAGUAGCCUUGUUGUCGUGUUCCUGGUUUCUCUUCCUCCUUUUGUGUAAAUACUGUUCUUCUAUAUUCCCACCUACUAUGUGGCCUGUGCCACUGACCAAGCUAACCUUGAUAUGGACGAACACUACCUUUCCAAACUCUGAAAGGCUAUUUGCCACCCUUAAAGUCUCGUUCUCUGUGCUCUUCUAAAUAGCUUUAUCAUGUGUGCUUUGUGAAGAUCACUUUUCAAUAAUGGGGCAUUAAAACUUGAAUUGGGCACUGCCAGAAGGGUCAUUUUGAAACAAGUCAAGGAAACAGUGUAUGUGUGCUGCUCUCUGUUCGUGCUCAUGCCCUCAGUGCCCUGUAAGUAGGUGAGGGUGAGGGUUGUAGAGAAGGGGAAAUAAGAAGCUUAUGUGAAGUUCUGGUGACAAGGACUUGGAGAAUAUUUGACAAAUAAAAUGACUCUCUCAGAAA